AACAGUGGGGUUGGGGGAGGGUACUGAGCGCGGCGCGGCUAUGGAGGCGGCCGGGAGUGAGACGGAAGCGGCAGUGCUAGAGGUCCUUGCUGAAGUAGCAGACAUCCUGGAUCCUGUAGGCCUGCAAGAGGAGGCCGAACUGCCAGCCCGGAUCCUGGCCGAGUUUGAGAGGAACUCACGGAAGAAAGACAAGCUGCUGUGCAGCCAGCUUCAGGUAGCUGACUUUCUACAGAACUUCCUGUCCCAGAAGGACACGACCCAAGGCCUGGACCCGUUGGCUUCUGAAGACACAAGCCGACAGAAAGCAGUUGAGGCCAAGGAGCAAUGGAAAGAGCUGAAGGCCACCUACCAAGACGACGUGGAAGCCAUCAGAAGUACUGUGACCCAUGCUCUAACCCAGAUGGACGAGGCCCAAAAGAAGCGGACCCAGCUCCAGGAGGCUAUUGAGCAGCUCCAGGCCAAGAAACGGGUGGCCGUGGAGAAACUCAGAGCAGCCCAGGAGCAGUGGCGGCUACAACAGGAGAAGCAUCUGCAGCAUCUAGCGGAGCUUUCUGCAGAGGUAAGGGAGCGCAAGACUGGAAAACAGCAGGAGCUUGAACAGCUGCGUCAGGAACUUGGAAUCUUGCAGCAGCAGGCAGGAAUCGUGCAGGAUAAGCUGCAGAGGCACCAGACCUUCCUUCAACUCCUGUAUACCCUGCAUGGUAAGCCGCUGUUUUCUGAGGCUGAUGCUGAGGCCAAAGCAGAGGCCGAGCUACCACAGGAGCUUCUUCACCUGAAUCUGCCUGAGGAAAAGCCCCGGCAGCUGACCUGCCCCCAAGAGCAGAGCAGAACACGGGAGUGGAACACUGGGGACACCAUGGAGAGAGACCAUCAAGUGUCCUCCAAGCAGGAUGGUCUGUGAACUCCAGAGUGCAGCCUGAUUCAUGACCGUGACUCAUGUAGGGUAAGCUCUGGAGUCUUACCUAUAAAAUGCCCAGGAUGUCUCAGUUAUCAGUUUAUUUGUUCAUCCUCAUGUGCUGGAGGGAAGAACAUGGAGAACAGGAGCUGGGUAUAGGGUCUUAGCCUGGGUGCUCAGGCAUUGCUUGUCCAAAUUCAAAUGAUGCAAAAAUGCUGACCUUAAUUCAAGGAAGGGGAGAAUGCUUAUGCAGUUGGUUAGAUGUGGAAAAUAAUUUUAUUCACUGAUCCAGAUGUUUGCUUUUUGCUAGGGUCUUUAUUGUAAACAUAAGAGCCACAACUGUGAGGCUCUCUGACACUGUUUUAGUAUAUUUCCUGAUAUUUUUUGUGCCUUAUCUAAUACUUUUCAUUAUUAUCUUUUUCAUAUCUUCAUUUUUAUAAACUUGUCAAAGAGUAAGAAAGAUUGGCUUUUGUGAUCCAUUAUUGAUUUUUAGUGAUAUCGUGGUCAUUUCCUGCGCUCCAUUUUUGGAUGAAGAAGAUGUACUAUUUUUAUAAACUUUUGAUUUUCAAGUGAUAACCGGUUAUUUGGAUCUUUCUUUUUUCAAGUAAACAUUUAAGGCUAUAAAUUUCUUCUGACUUCCUGUUUUCACAGUCAUACACUUUUGUAUCAUUUUAUAUUUUCUGUUGUAAUUAUUUCUUUGAUUAAUGAGUGGCUGAAAAAUAAUUUUAAGUUUUCUGUUAUGUUUUUUGUGAGGAUAAUCUUUAAAAUUUAUUAUAAAUUAGGUAAGAUAAUGUCAUCAAGAAGGAAGUGAUUAUAGUCUUGAUAUGGUCUUUUUUAAGACCAUGGGUCUGGAAGGAAUUUCUGUAUCUCUGUUGGGUUUCGUUUGUGAUAUUUUUCAGCUUAUAUCUUCUGUACACUUAUAUUUUUGUCUGGGUGUUAACAUUUUGAGAGAGGUGUGUUCAAAUUUCCAACUGUGAUGGUGGAUUUAUUUCUUUUUCUUUAGUUUUAGAGAUUUUUUUUUUUUAUUUGAAAGGCAGAGUUACAGGGAGUGAGAAAAAUCCUCCGUUUGCUGACUUACUCCCCGAAUGUCCACGAUGGCCAGGGCUUGACCAAGUUGGAUCUAGAAGCCUAGAACUUCAUCCAGGUCUCCUGCAUGGGUGGGCAGGGGCCCAAGUACUUGGGCCAUCUUUUGCUGCUUCCCCAGGCAUUACCAGAGAGCUGCAUCAGAAGGUUAGCGGCCAGGAUUUGAAUGUGUGCUCACAUGGGAUGCCAGCAUCACAGGUGGCAGCUUAUCCCUCUGUGCCAUGAUGCUGGCUCCUGUUUUUCUUUAUAAUUGUGUUAAAUUUGUUUUACAUUCUUAGCAGUUACUUAAUUAAGGUACACAAAAGUUGCAUUUAUAUCUUCUGAAUUGAAUGAAGCUUUACUCUGUAAAGGCCUUCUCCGUCUCUAAACCAGUGUUUUUAGCUUUCAUAUCUAUACCUACUUUAGUAGGUUACUGCAUUGGAAAUGGAGCAGCGGGGACUAGAACUGGUGCUCAGAUGGGACUCUGGCAUUGCAGGCAGUGGUUGAAGGUACUGUGCCACAACUCUGUCCCCUUCACCUUCAUUCUUGAAAAGUAAUUUCGUCAGGUAAAGAAUGGAGACAGGCAUUUCACUUAACACGUUGAAGGUGUUUACCUGUGAUUAUCUGGCAUUCCCUGCUGCGGAUUUAAAGGCCCUUUCUGUGAUACCUUGCUUUACACAUUGGCUACUUAGAAAAUCCUCUAAAUUUGCCACUGUAUAGCUUUGUUAUAUUGUGAAUAGUUUGGGGUUCUGGUUUAUUUAUAUAUUUUUCUGGUUGUAGUUCAUUGAAUGUUGCAAAUCAACAAAGUUCUUUCAGCAAUUCUGGAUCUUUGCAGCCUGUUGCUUUAAAAAGUGCUUACCUUGGUUUGUAUUAACUUUGUCUAAGACACACAUUAGACGUGAAUUAAAUUUUCUCAUUUUUUUCUUCGUGUAUUUACUUUCUUUUGUGUUUAUCAUUAUUGUUUGUAGGUUGCUUACUAUAUCCUUUGUUUUGUUAAAUUGUGGUUAGCUAAUCUGUUUAACUGUCAUUUUCUUUUAAAUUUUUGUUUUUCAUCAAGACUGUAUAAUAGACCCUAAUCUACUUUUUUGUAUGUUUUGUCAUUCUAGUUCAUAUUUUGAGUGUAUCUUGUAACUUUAAACAUAAUAUGUGUAAAUAUUUUGUUUAUCUUUGUGAAAAGGUUCAUAAUUUACCACUUUGUGGGUUCUGUGUUUCAUACUGCCUGUUUAUUUGUAUGGCUUAUGGGCUUAGGUAGUUUUACUGUGGGAUGUACAUUUUUCUUGAACUUUGUCAUUUGUGUUACUUAGUGGCCUAGAAAAACUGAGAGGAGUUUUGUUUACUUCUGCAGAUAGCUUGGGGGUAUUACCAUAUAACACUUAAAAAAUUUAAACUAACAUAUAUUUUAAUAUUUUCUAUAUACGUAUGGUAUAUCUGCUGUUUUAUUUUCAUUCUUAAUGUUUGUGGAUUUUCUCAGUAUUUCUCAAGAUUUUAAAAAUUUUGUCUUUCUAUACCAUUAACUUUGGCUUUUGUACUGUUUUAAUAUGUUCUUUUUAUUACUUUCAUAUUUUGAUUUUUUAAUUUUUUUAUAUUUUUGAAGUUUUUAAACAUGAAUAUUAUACACUUUUUUGUUUCUCAUAUUGCAAUAAAUAGAUUUUCGUUUUAAAGACCUAUUUAUUUAUUUGAAAAAGUUACAGAGAGAGGGAGAGACAGACAGAUCUGUUGGUUUACUCCCCAUCUCUGCACAAUGGCCAGGGCUGGGCCAGAGUGAAGCCGGGAGCCAGGAGCUUCAUCCAGAUCUCCCGCAUUGGUGUCAGGGGCCCAAAUACUUGAGCCAUCUUCCAGUGGUUUUCCAAGGAAAUCUCCCAGUAGGGAGUUGUUUGGGAAGUGGAGCAGCUGGGCUGGGACUUGAACCAGCACCAAUUUGGGAUGCUACUGUCUUCAGGCACUGGCUUUACCUGGUAUGCCAUAAUACUAGCCCAAGGAAAUAUAUUUUAAUUAUACACCUUAUUUUAUUAUCACUCUUAAGAAUAUCAUAGAUUUUAAUAUGUAGGCCAUUCAUUUUCAUUCUUUUAUUUAAAAUAAAAGAAGCUUUAUUGCUUUUACUUCUCAUAUGUAUAGAGGAAUGUUUAUAUCUAAAGUAUAUUUAGAUAAUUAGUAACAUUGAACAGACAGACACUAGGAUGGAUCCUCUUUUUGGUGUAUUGCUACUUAAAAAUAAGUAGAAUACAAUGAUUAUAAUGACAAAUUGCUGGAUAUUAUACCAUUCAAAAUACUUGUUAAUAUAGUUCAACAAUAGUGGUCCUGGAUGGUGAUAGUAACCCUUUUAAGAAGGUAUGUACUUACAUAAAAUGGUGAAUCGUCUAUCCCAAAGCUCAUUGCUUUUUGUUAUAUCAUUGAGCACUUAUGAUUAUUUUUUAACAUUGGAAAGCGUUUCCAGUACUGUAAAAUCACCCUUUGUACCUCUGUUUACCAAUAGUUUUAAGGCUAACACCUGAAAGUAGACAAAAAAAAAAAAAUCCAAAAAACAAAAACAAAAACUUCAUCUGUACCAUAAAAUGUAUAUGUUAGUAAAGAAUAUUUAUCUGUUUGUCAUCAGUUAGCCAAAUAAUUGUGAUUUUUUUUUUUUACAAAUUCUCUAUGAGUACUAUAGUAAUUUUUUUAAAGGUUUUUAUUUAUUUAUUUGAAAGUCAGAGUUACACAGAGAGAGGAGAGGAGAGGCACAGAAAGAGGAGAGGAGAGGCACAGAGAGAGGUCCUCCAUCCGCUGGUUCACUCCUCAGAUGGCUGUAAUGGCCGGAGCUGCACUGAUCUGAAGCCAGGAGCCAGGAGCUUCUUCCAGGUCCCCCACAUGGGUGCAGGGGCCCAAGGACUUGGACCAUCUUCUACUGUUUUCCCAGGCCAUAGCAGAGAGCUGGAGUGGAAAUGGAGCAGCUGGGACUAGAACCGGCACCCAUAUAGGAUGCUGGCGCUUCAGGCCAGGGUGUUAACCCACUGAGUCACAGCGCCGGCCCCAAACUAUAGUAAUUUUUAGCAACCAUGUUCAAUAUUCAGAAGUUACUAGAAUUUAAAGAUAACAGGAGCUUCUUUGAGCAUUAGCAAAAGUUUUAUUUGAUUAAAAAUGAUGCUGUAAAUUUUUUUUUUUUUUUUAAGUUUAUUUUACCCCACCCUUCUAUCACUGCUCCCUCCCAUCCCAGGAAUUAUUCAGGAACUGUUUCACUAAAUUCAGCUCUCUUACUGUGGUGUUGCUGAUGGUGGUGAUCUGGAAGAGAAGUACUUAGUGAAAAAAAUGUAAUAUCAAAAAAUACAUACUAGCAAAUAAUCAGGUGAUCCUAACCAUCUUCAUAUAUUGUGUAUCUUUUGUAUUGGAAGAAAACUAAGAUAAUGGGAUUUCAUGUGUCUUAAAUAAUUUUAUUUUUUAUAUUUAAACAAUUACAUGUGUUUGACCUUUGCAUUAUAUUUUAUGUAGGCCUAGAAACUUAAUCCCCAAUAAAUUGGAUGCCAUUUA